CUAUCAGAAAUUUGACCGACCGGGCUGACACUUCAGCGUGAGAAAUCGGGGGUGUGGCGUGUGAGCGUGUGAAACCAGUCAAAUGCGUGUGUCUCACGGCCAAUGCGUGAGAGUUGGCAGCCCUGCGUUAGUCCAACAUGGCGGCGCACAUAGCAUGUCGUUGCUAUUUACCACUCUGUCGUACUGCAGGAGUAAAGUUGAUUCCACAGCAAGUAAAACUAAGGAAUGUUGUAAUGUGUGACAUUAACAACACGGUACAGCUGAGUGCUGGUUACGGGAGCCGAGGGGCAGACACCACACAGGACACCCAAGUACACAUUCCAGUGGACCGCCUGACGGUGUCUUACAGCAGAAGCAGUGGUCCCGGUGGUCAGCAUGUCAAUAAAGUCAGCACAAAAGCAGAGGUCCGGUUCCAUGUGCAAACAGCAGAGUGGAUCCCAGAAGUUGUUCGACAGAAUAUCUUUGAAAAGAACAAAAAGCGCAUCAACAAGGCCGGGGAGCUGCUGGUGACGUCGGAGCUGAGCAGGAGUCAACAGAGAAACCUUUCUGAUUGCAUCCAGAAGAUUUCUGCCAUCAUAGCCGAGGCCAGCGAGAAGCCACACGAACCGACAGCAGAAGACAUAGCUCUUAGGGCAGCCAGGUUAGAGAAGGGGAACAAGGAGCGACUCAAACAGAAGAAGAUCCAUUCAGCUACCAAGAAGAACAGACAAGUAGAUUUUGACUAAUAGAUUGACCUGUGACCUUUCUACCUCCCAUGAUUGUAUUGUCAAUAAUUACAUGUAAUU